AUGAGACUUUCACAGUUAUUAAUAUUGCAUUUAUGCCCUUUGGUUUUUGCUAGUCCACAAGAUAAAAACGCAACAUUGAAUGAGACAUCUAAUUAUGUCAACACUCCAACGAUUGGGGAACUUAAUGCUCGUACGCCUUUCCCUAAAUGGUUAACAGAUUUUACUGGAUUGAAAGAAUGGCCAGGUUUGGAUCCACCAUAUAUUUCCUUGGAUUUUAUUGAUAUGAAAAAGAUUCCAAAUUAUUUACAACAUCAACAAAACCAAUGCGGCGUAAAUCCCAGAGAAGCAUGCUCUUUUGACUGUGAUAGUUGCGUAGCACAUGAUGAUGUUCAUACUUGUCCAAAAUUGUCCCAGACAUUUGAUGAUGGUCCUUCGACUGCGACGCCUCAGCUGCUAGGAAAUCUAAAACAUAAGACGACAUUUUUCACUUUAGGUAUAAAUGUCGUAAAUCAUGCAGAUAUCUACAAGCAAAUAGUUCAAGCUGGUCACUUACUUGGCUCGCACACGUGGUCGCAUGCGUAUUUACCGGGUUUAACUAAUGAACAAAUCAUUGCACAGUUGGAAUGGUCAAUCUGGGCUAUGAAUGCUACAGCAGGACAUGUUCCAAAAUGGUUUAGGCCUCCUUAUGGUGGUAUCGACAAUAGGGUUAGAGCCAUUAUAAGACAAUUCGGCAUGCAGGCUGUAUUAUGGGAUCAUGAUACAUUUGAUUGGAAAUUGGUUUCUAAUGAUCCUAAUAUGUCUGAAGAAACAAUUUAUAGAAAUGUGGAAGAAUGGAAAAAAUCAAAUACGGGACUGAUUUUAGAACAUGAUGGCGCUCAGCGAUCUGUUGAUGUUGGAAUAAACGUCCUAAAGAUGAUUGGAGAUGAUCAAUUAACUGUUGCAAAAUGUGUUGGCGGCAAUGACUAUCUUCGUGUAUUUCCAAAUUUCGAACUGACAGACGAAGACGACGAUUAUGACGAUGAAGAGGACGAAGAAGAUGAAGAAGAUGAAGAAGAUGAUAUUUCAAGUGAUGACCGUGACAUUGAUAAUGAAGUUGCGAAUCUUAAAAAGAAGAAGAUCCAUGGUAAAAAAAGAAGUCUAGUAAUUCAAGAAAAGGUACUAAAAAAGGUAAGAAGGAAAAAUCUAAUAAAAAGAAGGAAGGCAAGAAAAAGGACAAAGUUGGUAAGAAAAAGGACAAACAAUUGA